AUUGAAAAUAGUUGGGAACAGAAAAGGGAGCCAAUGAAAACCACGAAAAACCCACCAGGGUCAAUCUGUAGUGAGGACGUUUUAGUCUCCACUGUGUUCAGAAUGUGUCAAACUGCAUAAAAAUAUUUGAAAAAGUCCACAACUGAAACAUAAACUGAAGAAAGAGCGGGGCACUUGUUAAUAUUAAUGGCGGCCGCGCCUUCCUUGGAAUGAAGUAGUUGUCCAGCAAACUUAAUAGAUUUUCAAAAUCCAACCGCCAAAAAAAAAACGGAAGAAGAAGAAGUAGAACUUUUUUUUCCAAUAUGGCGGUUAUUGGCUGUUGUUAACAUCCAUGAUUUUCAACAGGGGAACAGAGUUCGACGCUUUUCAGUCACAGACGCGAUUGGAAGAAGAAACCGGCGAGGAAGAGGAACAGAAAGAGUUGAUGCAUUAUUCCCCGGGCCAAGAAUGUCGAGAACCCGCCAGUGGAUAACGCCGACUUUUAGCUAAGCUAACUAUAAAUGAAUGUCACUUUCGCCUUUUUCCCGUUAGGGGUCGCCACAGCGAAUCUACACUUAGCCAAUUUGCAUAUUAACGCCACCACCGCUAAGGACAGAAAUAACCCAUAGUCGAGCAUGACUUCUCAGCAGCAGCAUGUCCAGCCCUUCAUCACCCAGAAAGUGCAGUUAAUUUACAAACUGUUCGUGUUGGAAAAUGCCCGGAAUAAAUUUGAACAAGAGCUUCGCUACUUCACUGUCGAGGCCUAUGAAGAAGUCCAAGGGUUCUUUAACUCGUCUGUUCCCACCGCUGUGUUCAGCGAUCUUGCAAAUGCUCUGGAUGUGAAAUGUCAAACUAUCGACAAGCUCUCAGCUUUAUUAAAGGACCUCACCAUUGUGCCACAAGAUUGUGACCAGCCUACUGUCAUAAAUGAAAAGAGAACAAAGCAGCUGCAGCCACUCAGAGACAAAGGAAUCCUGAUGACAGAUGUUCUCAAGUUUGGGCCCAUGGUGCAGAGCAUGUUCAUGGCAAACUCCAUAACAAAAGCAGUCCAGGUGCUUGGAGCCACACUGUCCCUUCAGCAGGUGAAACAUUUUCUCAUCUCCCAUCCUACAGCAGUCCAGGAGGAUGACAUUGUUUGCAGCGUCUCAUCCAGCUGCAACAGUGCCGUUCAGACUAUGAGCUUGUCCUGUCAUUUAAAGGCUGAAGAAAAAGAACAAGCUGUUAUUUUUGAAGAGAAAUGCCAGCCAGAAGUUGUGAUUCUGCCACCUGCCAUUACUGAAAGUCCCAAGGUUAAUACAGAGAGGCCACCAUCACUGUUACCUCCCAUACAAGCUCUAUUACCAGAGAUCAGUAACCCAAAACCCAUGGAAAUAACACCAAUAAUUAGUUGGGGAUGGGAGGAUGAUGUCCAGUACCAAAAACAAACAUCCUCUCAUCUGCUGCACUUCCUCAGAGCCAAAGCUAAAAACAUGGGUGCACUGGAGAUCACUGUCAUAGAGUGGAGAAGAAAUGGAGACACUUCAGGUUCACCACAGCCAACGUCACCAACUACCCAAACACAAGGUUACGAAUUCAGAGAUACCACUACCGAUGAGCUGAUCACAGCUCUAGAUCCAAAAAUGCGGUGUGCAGACAGUGACAGUCAAGCCCCAGUCUUCAGAGUAAAACGAGUGGAACCAAGUGGCUCUAUGACCUACACUUGUGUGAUUGCAACAAAGACUGAACUGUGGGAUAUUGGAGACAUCAUCACUGAAGUCAGACAGGGGGACUCUGAUGACGGCAUCUUGAAAAAAAAGGACUGCAGAAAUAUAAUGGCUCAGAUGGAGAACUCCUGUGUGAAUGGUCAGCAGAAAACCCAGUCUCUUCAAAGCACAGAUCCUGAAAAACAGAACAGUUCUGCUGGCGCAAAAACACCAAUGAUGAACGGUAUUGCCAUUCCUGAGUUCCAGAGCCAGAGGUUUGAUGAGACUGAAGUUGUGGUAUCUUAUAUUGUCAGCCCAGGCAACUUCUACAUUCAGCACGCAGACUGCAUUGCGAAGCUGCAGGCCCUCGACACAGACAGCUGGAAAGCCAGCAGUUCCAAUGCCUUGCAGAACUGUAUUCCAGACAUUGGAACCCAAGUAUUGGGUUGGUUCCCGAAGCAAGAACAAUGGUGCAGGGCUCAGGUGACGAAGAUAUGUGGAGUAAGUAGAGCUAAUGAUGCUGAGAGUGAGGCAUCUAUCAAGGUGGAAGUGAAGAGGCUGGACUAUGGUGAUACUGCCUGCCUGUCGCUGUCAUAUAUCAAGGAGCUGACCCCAGACGUGGCCGCCCUUCCUCUUCAAGCUUUGCAGGUCUCGCUGGCAAGUGUGACGCCUGUGAAUGGGAGCAAUUGGUCUGAGGAAGCAGUCGGGUGGUUCAAAGAUAUGGUGCACAACAGGAUGCUCUAUGCCAGACUUUACCCACAGGGGCCCAAAGUUACAGUUGAGCUGUUCUUGGAGAAGGGAAAGCUCGGAGCUAUGAGACACGGUUGAUAGAAGACAACAGGAAUCUGACUGGAGGAAAUACCUUAUCUCCUGCUAUACUCAAAGAAAGAAGUAACUCUUACUGAGGUUUACAUCUUUUGCAAGGGAGCCCUGGCAGAACAGCAGCAUUAAACAAUGAGACAUAAUUAUUCUUAAGUGAGAGCUUGAAAUUUAUCAGACUUUUAUUGACCAUCUAUGACCCAGUAAUAGGCUUUUAGUAAAGGCUACACUUUAACAGACUGUUAUGUUUGGCACUUUUCAGUACAAGGAAAUUCAAGGAUAUUUAAUUAAUUUGCACAGUAAUAUCUAUAAAACUAUCUAGUGGGUGUGAGUGUAAACGUCAUUUCUGUUUUGGUCUUUUGGGUUUAUAAAUUACUGUUUUUAGCACAUUGUGACUUUAUAUUAAUCUGUAAGCAAAGGAAUACUAAACAAUGCUAGAUGCUGUUUUAUUUUGACUAGUGUUUGAAAGCAGAGAAGUGUGUUUUAGGUCCUGAUUAUUCCAGCCAUUAUUUAUCCCUUUUCUUUAAUAGUGAUCAUAAUUGGAGCCUUUAUGUAAUGUUAAAUUUUUGUAUAAUUGACAAUCUGUUAUUUUGUACAUCUCUGCUUUUCUAAUAAAGAUGUCACCUACAA